AUGUCCUCGGCUAACAGUGUAUGCAGCCCAAUGGAAGUUAAUUUGAAGCUACCUAAAACAGAAGGAUCCAACAAAGAUAAAGUGUGUACCCUACCAUAUAGAGAGCUGGUGGGAUCGCUCACAUAUUUAUCUACGGCAACGAGACCCGACAUAGCGCAUGCUGCGAAUGUUCUGAGCCAGUACAACACGUGUUUCGGAGAAGUUCACUGGACAGCGGCGAAGCGCGUUCUUCGAUACUUGAAGGAAACAAUGGAUCUAGGUAUCUCCUAUCAACGGAAAAAUGAAUCCUUAGUCGGAUACGCUGAUGCCGAUUGGAGAGGUUGUCAACAUGACAGACGAUCGCAUACGGGGUAUGCAUUUAUCCUCGGCGGGGAAGCCAUUUCCUGGGAAUCUUGGAAGCAAAAGACCGUUGCUCUAUCCUCUACAGAAGCAGAGUAUAUGAGUUUAUCGGAAGCUACGAAGGAAGCCAUAUACUUGAGGAAAUUAUUAACAGACUUUGGACUCGAGGAAUUGCCGGUCAUCAAGCUUUUUGGAGAUAAUCAAAGCGCUUUACGAUUGGCUGAAGACCCUGUUUUUCAUAACAGAACUAAGCAUAUCGACAUCCGACACCACUUCGUACGGGACGCGGUGAGGAACAAUCUCGUAACUUUGGAGUACGCACCCUCUGACCGCAUGGCUGCAGAUGUAUUGACGAAGGCCCUGUCAGGACCGAAACAUGGCACAACCAUGUUCUACAAAUAUAACUACACAUUCUAA